CGACAACUUCCCAGCUUGUGUAUAUGUAAUUACAUAGACUGGUCGAUCUUCUCAUCUUGUCUCUUCAACUGACGGAGUGAAGACGUGGGUUCUGCAAGGAUGACUUCUUCCGCCGUUGUUAUUUUCGUCAGCGCCGUAUUUCUUUGUGUCGUGUUUGGAGAUAUUGAAACACAGGCUCUUCCCGGACAUGGCGAAUUUGUAAAGCGAGUCCGAAGGCAAACAGGUAAACAAAAUACAACCAUCACUGGGUUCAGCGCAGCGGAAAAACAAAACAUUGUGGACAAACAUAACGAAUAUAGAAGAAUUCCCAAUGCGGCGGAUAUGCUUCUGAUGUCCUGGGACAACGAACUGGAGGCUCUAGCACAGGGCUGGGCGGCCCAAUGUAAAUUCGCCCACAACCCGAGCAGAACAAUUGCGUCAUCAACCAGUCAAAUCGGCGAAAACUUAAGCAUCAGGUCUCCAUCUUACAACGAGGUUUUGUCAGUGACAAGCUGGUAUAACGAGGUAUCUGACUACACCUACAGUUCCCACACCUGCAGUGGAACCUGCGGCCAUUACACACAGGUGAUAUGGGCGAGCAGUCACAAGAUCGGGUGUGGGAUCAAGUUCUGCAGCACCAUAGAAGGAUCGACAAUCACGAACGGAUACGUCGUCAUCUGCAACUACCUUCCGGCUGGGAACUACAGAGGUGUAAAGCCGUACAAGGCGGGGGCGUCGUGUAGCCAGUGCCCGGCAGAUCGGCAAACGUGUGAAAACAAACUAUGCAGUGCGGGAAGCGGCGGCAGCGGAAACACAGCUACGACUACCGCACGUCCGAAUGCCGCGACUACGACUCCUAAACCUGCCACCACGACCAAGAGUGGCGCCACUGUCUGGACUAUAACUAGUCCUAUUUUGGUUCUAACUGUUGUCUGUGGCAACCUACUGCAAACAGCUUGACCUCGUACUGGUCAGCAAUUAUGUAGGUUACAGUUAUGAAAACUAACUUCACAUCCAAAGACUAACAAUCGCAACCCACGCAAACGAGAAAGAAUGAAAUUUGUUCGUGAUAUUAUAGACAAAUGAACGAGACCAAUAUCAGAUAUAUAGUAAAGAUGGAAUAGUAAUUAUACUAACAAUAGAGCAUGAACAUUAUAUAUAUAUAUUAUUUUGCGGACCUGGGUCAUGCUUUUGCAGAACAAAGACCUUCCACGCAUACACAUAUUGUGUUCACAUUUGUACAUAAAAGCGACAAAACCUUUUCCAUCACACGGUAUCAUAUGCACGAUGCCGACUACAUCACAAGUAUGUGUUUAUGAAUCACUAUCAAGUAGUGAUGACACCAGGUGUUCGUGACCAGAGUAGGUGCUGAUGGAAAAGUUUCAUUUUCAUAUUAUAUUUUGCAUUUUAAAACCUCGUUUUUGUGAGCAAAGAAAGUAUUAGGACGAGCGAACAAUUUGACCUUUUUAUCAAAACCUUCACAAAACGUUGACAAAAUACAUUGCUAAUCGGAAUUAUUUAUAAGAAGAAAACAUAAGUUUUGAUUAACAGGGUUGUAGCAUGCAGAUAUUAGAGGUAAAACACACAAGAUUAGAUUUAAUGUGACUAAACUGUUAUAUUACACUUGUAUGCAACACAUAAAUUUUAAAAUAUUUUUUUAAUACCACACAUCGUGUUAACUGACAAUUGACAUGUGCACAGAAAACGUAAUCCACGUGGUAAAGAUCAAAUAUGAUUUUGACAGAUGUUUGUAAUCGUCUUCAUUGAAGUUAAUGUACAAUAAAGUUUAUUUGUGUUAA